UCAAGAAAUAAAAAAAAGUAUAAGAAUAUAGUGGGGGAAAUAAGGAUGAAAAAGAGGAAACAAAGGGCUAAUAUGGACAAGAAUGAGGGAGUUUUUAAUGUAGGAGGGAGUUUUUGUGCGGAAAUUCCAGAUAGAAGGAGCCAGGAGACAGAGGGAAAUGAAGAGACAGGAUCGUCAUUUGCGCUGAGAGAGAUGUUUUUAUCGCUUGAAAAUGAAGGAGAAAAUAGUAGUAUGAAUGAGGGAGAAGAGGGGGUACCGGUGGUUUUGAAAGAUUCGAGUUUAAUGAAGUACGGGAAGAAUGUAAAGAAGAUAGAAAUAAAUGAAGAAAGUUCAAUAUAUAAUGGAAAGCGUAUCCAGGAAUUUUCGAUUCCAAAGAGUCUUGAACGACAGAAACAACCGAGACUUUAUUUGAGCGAUAAAGAAAUAAUGCCUAUAGGAAAUGAUAAAAGCAAUAUUAAGGGGUCAGAUAUAAUUAUGGAUAAAAUAAUGGAAAGAAAAUAUUGUAAUGGAGCAUCGGAAGCAUGUUGUGAUAUUUCAGAUGAAAUAGUAGUUUGCAAUGAUUUUUCAUUUAAUAAAAAAAGUGGUAAAUCAGGGUUAUUAUCAGGAGUAAAAGAGCGGAAUUGGAUAGAAAUAAAUGGAUCAAGUCAAGAAUCAGAGGAAAGAGAGAAUGUUUUCCGAUCAAAAAUAUCUAAAAAUAAGUUUUUUAAUGAAUUAUCGGAUUUAGAAUAUCAUGACGAUGACGAUGGUGGUAUAUUUUAUUUUGAUGAUUCAUCAUCAGCAUCAUCAUUUAAGGAGUCCAAUGGAAUAAAUAAUAGGAGAAGAUCGAGUACGGAAGGAUCAGAAGCAGAAAAAACAUAUAGCAUUCUUGUUAAAGAUAAGAAUUCUCAAGUUAAUCAUGAUAGUUCAAAAACACAAAUUUCCUAUAGUAAUGAUGAAGAUAUAUUUUGGUCGGGAGAUUUGCAAGAUGAGAAUUCAUAUAUACCAUUGUUUAGAAAACAAACGUAUGAGGAAUAUAAUUCAUCAGAUGAUCUAUGGAGCUUCUGUACUUCACUUUUUUCGGAAACAAAUGAUACGAGUGACAUAAAAGAGGUUAAUUCGGUUUCGGAUAAGCCGUUUUUUGAAAACAACUUUGACAUAUCGAAUGAAAAAGGUUAUACAACAGAUGAAGAUCAAAAUUUCAUAAUAAAAAAAAAAAAUCAAACAAAAGUUGAAAUAUCUGAUAAUAAUUUUGGAAAAGGGCAUUCACAUUUUACAGAAACAAACAAUCAUGCUUCGGAAUCACAUAAUUUUAAAACAUCAACGUCGAAUAAAAAAGAAAAUUUCAAUAUAGAGACUGUUUCUACAAAUUCAUCUUCAAAUUCCAGGACUACUACUUGUAAUACACAGAAUAAGCCUCCGAUAUUAGGAACAUGGACACGUGAUUUAAAAAGGCCAAUUGGCAUCAUUGAUGGUACUAGUACCAAUGUAAUUAACCCUGUGACAUCAUCCUGCACUAUUUUAUCAUCUACUUCAAAUCUUUCACCAUCAUCCAUUCCAAGCCUAGAUGAUAUACUAGAUACGUCAGCAUUUGUUCAGCUUUCUUCUUCAGAUUCAUCUUCCUCCAUUACUAAAAACUAUUUGUCUGAUUUUUAUCGUUGGGAUAAGAUUCCUAUAGGAACAUUCCGUCGUCACCAACAAAGAUUUAUGAAUACGCGUGAUGAACUUAUCAAGGGAGAAUGGUUUGUAUUGACAAACAAAUCAAGAAGACAACGUAGCAAUGUUCCAAUUUUAGGAACUACUGUUCGUCAUAAGAAAAACAAAUUGAAAAAAACGAGACAUAAGAAUAAGCUCAAGACUAACAUUGAAUUAUUCGAAGAAGAUCAAGAAGUAGGAAUGGAACAUUGCGGUCUUGGCCUUGGUCCUCAGUUAAGUCCACUUUUUAACGGACUCUCUUAAACAUUUAGACAUAUAUAUCUUAUUAGUAACUAUCCAAAAAUCUUU